UUGAGGUUACGUUUUGCGCGAUUCUAGGCUUCUCUGGUAUGUUGACAUGUUCGAACUGUGCAGUGAAAAAGACAAGUGUCCCAAAAUGUUUGAAAUGAAUUCGAUUGUCAAAAAUAAGCGUCUACAGGAUUUCAGAAUCAAAAACUAGUGUGAUUUGCUGUCCACAUCAAGAUUCAAGUAUCCAGUUUUUUGCAAUUUUUUUUGCAAAAUAUGGGCGUCAAUAUCCAAUUGCAAACUUUUUUUUUAAUGCAAACCCAUCAAUGAAUUAUUCACAGCCUUAUACAAAUGCAAUUGUAGGAGAAUUUAAAAAAAAAUUCCUCUUAAAAUCUAUAGAAAUUUUGAAGACCAAGUGAAAAUGACUUGAGUUGAGUGGAAGUGACAGCAGUUACAGUUAAAAAGCUUCAUAGAGGCCAAAUUUUUUUUCUGAUCCAAGAACAUGGUAAAUUUAUUAUUUAACGAAGAUGUAUGGUACUAUUGGGUCAUCUCUGUUGGAGCACUUGUUUCAUUUGUUGGCCUUAUUGUUGCCUGCAUAUGUAGCUGCCGGCGAAAUAAUAACAAACCCUACUAUGACAGGAGUGAGUUUAUUGGAAUAGCGGGUAUGGUAAAAAUUACACAUCCUGACAAUGAUGGAUUUACCAGGAUAUCAACUUCAUCUGAAGCAGUACAAACUAUUUCACAAGAUAUAGUUGACGGAAGUGGAAAAAGGAGUAAUACAGCAAAUAGAAGUUUACCAGAUAUUCCAAAAGAUAAAAAUGUAGAAUGUGAAACUGAUCCAGAACUGAGGGAUGCAAUUUAUGAAGCAACUGAAAACAUAAGUGGAGAUCCAUCAGAACUUUAUGCAACUGUCCAAGAUAAAAAUGGAAACAAACGGGAAAUAAGAGACAAGCAGAGCUUGUCCCAACAGAGUUCUCAGGAUGAAACUGCCAGUUUAUAUGCCAGACUGCAAACUCCACAGACCAGCAGUGAAGAACAUCCAUAUGCUCAAGUUCAAAAUGUUCCAAAGACUGAAACUGUCCAACACAAUAAAAACAACAGCAUGCGCAUUGUUGACUUAGUAGCUCCAUCAACAUCGACAGCUGGAAAUUUACCUAUUGCUCCCCCAAGAAGUCGCAGGUCAUCUUCGCACAAUUCUCUUCUUGACCAACCUGUUGACAUUCCAGCUGCUUCUGCCAUUUCGGGUGGCAUACAGGCCAAUCAAGAUUUACCUUAUAUGACUCCACCAAUUUUAAUGCCUCUUCCACAACCACCUCAAUCUCAAAACAACAGUCCACAACAGCAUUUCAGCGGCGAUUCUCAAGACUCAAAGGGAUAUACAAGUAUUAGUGUAAGAGAACCAUUAGCAAAUAUAAUAGCACAAACAAAAAGCGCUCAACAGCAAAGAGAAGCAAAUCGUAAUAUUACAGACCCCCAUUACGCUACGGUGUCAGACGAUUCUGAUGAAAUGUAUGCUGCUAUUGAUGAACAAGAUAAAAUCUACACGAGCGGUAGUGAAACAUACGCUCAAAUUCAACCGAUGGCUAUAGAAGUUAACAGGCCGGUGCAAACUGAACAAGCAAUAAUACAUAUGCCCGGUCCAUCACGAGCCGAAGAAAAUUAUGCGUUAGCACCGCAGCCGCCAAGUGUGGAUAGUCUUAGGCAUGUAGCUCAUGCACAUUCGAGACAAGCUUCUUCAUCAAGUGCGACCAGUUCUGUGGCUAAUCCUAGUUCACCUAAGCCUGAAAAACGUCAGGCUAAUUCACCAUUGCCACCGCCUCCUGAAAAUCCUAUGGAUAUGUAUGCAGUAGUCGAUAAACGCAACAAAACCGAUAAUCGAGGUAGCGUUGCAUCAAACCUCGGCAAAUCUUUAGAGGACAUGUAUGCUAAAGUAAUGAAGAAAAAGAGAGAUAGCGUUGAGGACGAAUUGAAUUCAGCAGCAAGUACAAGUGGAGUGGCUCCGGUACAGGAUCCACGCAGAAAGCACAGCUUAAUCGAAGUAAAUCGAGCUUCAUGGUCGAGUCACGAUUCUGCUGAAGUUCUCAAACGUGAAUCAGAUGUAGUAGCAUUGAUAGUUAACGAGCAGCACCAGUUAAGAAUCAACGGCCAAACAUUCGAUGAAGAAUUCGAUUUAGAUCACGGUUACGAGUCCGUUGCGACCGAUAAAACGGUACUAGGCAAACGUAUGAGCGCUCCCACUGGGGAUGCAACUUACGAGACUCUUAGACCGUCUACUUCGACUGGCGCUAGCCCACCGCCGAGGAAUGGUGGUGACGCGUUGCCUAUUUAUGCGAUGCCUUUUAAACAUCGUCAGGUAAGCAAUGCGAGCAGCGAGGACCCAGGCUAUGAAAAAGUCCGUUUGCGUAAAAGGCCACCUAGCGUUACCGAGGACUUUGAUACAGACUCGGAACCAAAUUAUGAGAGCAUGCCUCACGAGCCCAAUUAUGCAUCGGUAGGUGGUCGCGGUUGUGGCGUCGACAGUGACGCUGACCCCAACUACGAGAGUGUGGGAAACACCGGCAAUGAUCCCAAUUACGAAAGUGUUAAAUACAUGAGCCUUGAUAGCAAACCAACCGAAGAGGAGCCACCGUACGAACGAGUUAGCAAUUAUAAAAGUCGCGACGAUCCGGACUACGAGAAGAUACAUCGUGCUGGCGGAGAUACUGACGAUGACCAAUACGUACAAGUCUGACGAAUGCCUACCAAGGCACUUAUUCGCCUCAAGAAUAGUUUACCCUGGACUCAUGUUCAAAGUGACUAUCUUACAAGAAGGAUACGGUUUAAAAGCAUUGGUAGAGCUCAUGAUACCAGUGUCUUUUAUACCAGCAUCAAUGAUAAAAGCGAUUAAGAUGGAUAGUCAUGGUUAUAAUGUACAUGAAUAAAGAUGCCUCGGUGUCUGUGAUGACUAAUAGAAUCUUAUUCCAGUCAUCAUUCUGUAAAAAAAUUGAAGAACAUUAUUUGACACUUGUUCCAAAGAACGUUCUUCAACAGAGGAGAUAUACUACAAAACAUUGUAAUUUUUUGUGCAUACUUAGAGAAUUGAAUAAGACAGUCAGUAUUUUCAAUGAGUUUUAUCAUGCAGUUUCUGUUACUCUUAGAAAGAAGUGAGGUAACAAACUAUUCAAGAAAGCGCAUUGGUCAAGCUUUUUGAAUUGAAUUAUAAUUCUACUUUAUAGAAAUUCCGUAUGUGGGAGAUGUCCAAUGCGUAAUAUUCUAUUAAAUAAAUGCACUAUAAUAUACACAGAAAAGCUUUCGGCACGCGUUGGGCUAAUUUAAGGCUGGGGAUAUAGAUAAAAGUAUUAUAUUACGUAAUAAAGAGAAAAUACAUUGUAUUCCAUAAAUGCAAAGGAUCGAAUAGCCAAACAUUUAGAUGAACGAAUUUUUUGGGUUCUUAGCUUAACUGAAUGUAUACAUUGUUUGCUUAUAUUUUUAGAAUUUGUACAUAUUGACGUAAUCUAUUGUCGAAACGAUGUAUUUAUUUUUUAUAAAAUGAGUGAAUGACACUUAGAAUCUAUUUUUUCACGAAAAAAAUUUUAAUACUUAAUAUAUUGAUGCACAGUAAAUUGAGUAUCGUAAAAUAUACUUAUAUUGAAUGAAAAAGCCAAAAGUAACGAUAAGUAUGAACAGUUUUCAAGUUUGAUAUAUAUUUUCCAGAAUUUUUUCAUGGCGCUAGUUCAAUUGUAAUCUUAAGUCGAUGUGAUAACUUGGAUUUUCUAUGUAAAAAUUGCAUUAUAAAGUGCAUUUGAAUCAUUUAACGGAGUGAGACAUUUAAUUCGUUUUCGAAAAAUAUAAAGUCUACAUAUAUCUACCCUUCGAUAUAUAUCCACGUAUGUACAUUGCAUCCUUACAAUAUUGUCCUAAAAGAAAAGUCAAGGCUGAUUAUAAAUGCGAUGUGAAGGCGUACGCGCGUGAGUUAUUAUUGGGCAAGAUUAUAGAUAUUUCGAUAUAUCUAUAAUGUUUGGAUGUGUACAUAAUUCUUGCUCCGUAAAAAAAAAAUUAGAGAAUGAAAAAAUUACGCGCUUUAUGUGCUGAACCAUUCUUUUAGCUAAAUUAUUAAGGAAUGGUUAAAAAAAGUCUUGUUGAAUAAUAUAACUCAUUUUCAUGAUCGUAAAAUGAGAUAAUAAUGAUGUAAAUCUUCCUUGUUAUAGUCAAAGUUACCAUUCUUUAUCAAAUUAAGGAUCAUAUCCUCAGUUAUCGGGUACAUUUUUGAGCUUCGACCUAUCUCAUACAACAAGACUAAAGCUUGCUCAACUAUGAUAAAUUAAUGAACAACUGAAUUUUCAUUUAUAUUAUACUUUCAGUUUAUUUAUUGAACCUUCUUGUGCACUGCCGAGCAUUCCAAUCUUUGUGCCAAUAACACAUCUUCCUGUAGUUUUCAGUAUUUCGAUGUUCAUGACUGUUGCUAUAUCAUGUUACGUAGUAAUUCCAUUUUUAUCAUGAUAUCCAUGUGUGAAAUGCUCGACAAUACAAGUUUCACAGUAUUUUCCAUCUCCUUUAAUUGUAGUCUAAUAAAAAGAAAACAAAUAUAAAAGAAAAUAUAAUAUAUUUAUCGUGCGUAAGAAAAGUAAUAUGCAGAACAGAAGUUGAUAUCAAUUUUUCACUUUAAUCCAUGAAAUUUUCUGCAAAAAGUAGAAGAAAUUACACGUAAAAAAAUAUCUAAUAAAAGAAAAUAAUAAAUAUUCAAUUCUCAACUUAACUGAGCUGGAACCGCUACGUGUUUCUUUUCUUACGAAGCAGUGCAAUGUUUAUAUAUCUCACAGUGGUCGAGGUAGCUUUAAGACAAUUUAUUAAGUGAAUUGUACAAAAGUUUUGCUCCAUGACAUUUUUGUAAAAAGUUGUACUGAAUACAGGGACAGAUUGUACACAUAAUAUGCGUUAAAUGAAAAUGUACCAAAAGAAAAUCAGAAAUUUUUAUUUUAUAUAAAAAUUAUAUGAAAAUUAUUAUAAUGAUGUAAUGUAACUAUAUGAUUUCAAUAUAGCGUAUGCGUAUAUAUGUACGAAUGUAAUAUACACCUAUGCAAACACUAUUAUAUCAAUAGAUGCUUUUUUAUAUGGAACCAAUCCGAUAUAUUAUUGAAAAAAACAAAACUUAUGGUGUAGUAAGGACAUGGAAAGAAAAGUAAUUUUUAGGAUUAGGUGAAGGAGCACAAAGAAUGUAAUUAAAUAAUAUAAGAUUUUCUUGAAUUGAUUUGAUUGAAAAAAUUGUAUUACUCCCAUAAUCGAGGAUUCGUUUUUUCAUAAACACCACAUUGACAAGUCGCUUGGAAUGGUCUCUAGGUUCGGUUAACAAUGUAAAUGAUUACUUACUACUUACAUUAAUUACAGUAGCUUACUCUGAUAGUUUAUCCCGUUUUGUCAAUAUUUAUUAUAAUUUUUAUGUAUGUAUAAUAUUUAUAAAUUUAUAGUGUCCUGACGGAAAAAAGGAUAAGAUACUUAUGUCAGAUUAACUAUAUACGCUUUCACUUUAUUUGCUCUCUUUUGUUCUGCGCAAAAAUUGCUUAUUACGAUAUAAGUACCUUUUGCCGCACUAGGUUAGCUCUUCUUUUUCUCUGAUACAGAAAAGAAGCUUCGAUUACAAACAGCAUAUUUCAACGCUCAAAUAUUUUUUUAUUGACGUGGUUUCUCAAACAUAAAAGUAUACGAUAGUAACAAUGCAAUUUUCGUCGUAUGGACAUUAUAAUAUAUAUAAUAAAGGAACUAUGAUACUGAGAAAAAACGGAGAUAAAAUUGUCGAUGGAAUCCAUUUUCCGAUAUAUACAGAAAGGGCGCGUGUGUGUAUCGAUAUUUAUUUUUCGCAGCUAAACAACUUAUUGCGCGUCAAACAAAUAGCUUUCGACCCACUUGAAACAUUACGGAAGGAAUACGCGUGGCGCAAGGAAAAAAUAAAGUAGGUUUAGGGGACGUGGAGCAACGCAAGGGAAUUCGCGACUAUAUAUAUAUAUAUGUGUGGCUAUGUGGCCGCGUGCAUAGGUAGUAGUAAAAUCGGAGGUUAAAGUUUAUAUGCAUAUAUAAACUGUAAUAAUCGAUGACAAAAAGCGUCGAUACGGCAAAGUGUAGUUCGACACUAUCCGGCGAAAAAAUGAUAUUCAUACCAAAGUACGUAAAAAGUAUCUAAAAAGUCGACGUUUACUCUUAUUUUUGCAUUCUCUCUUUCUCUCUCGCGGACGUAAAAGCAUACACUGCUGGAAAUGCACUUCGCUUUCUUUUUAUUAAACAUCGCAUAAAUGUAACUGUAUAUAUAAAUUGUAAACUAUUACGAAUAUCAAACUUCUUUACUUUACGAUAAUUCACUUGUCGUAGUUCGACGGCGAUAAAAGUAUCUGAUCUGCAAAAAGCUUCAACAAAAGCUCGCUCGUAUAUAAUAUAUCUACGUGUAUGUACCUAAUAUGUAUAGAACAUCGUCUUGAAAAGAUGCGAAAAGUGGCAUUUUCAUCAGUGCAUCAGUCGUCGGAUCAUAUUUGUAUUAUAAAUUGCUCUGCAAGUGCAUGCUAUACCAGCUAGCAUGAAGAAAAAAUCUUAUAUCGCGCUACAUACUUAUUCGAUUAAAUAUACGCAAGCACGUAAAACGUUACGCACACAUACGCGCGUCUCUUCGCUAAAAUCAACAACGAAAGCUUCACCGAUAUACUCGUAUUCAUAGAACGCGCAUCCCUUUCCGUAACUCGACAGCAUUGCUUAUGGAGAAUCAACUUAUUGUUUAUUAUUACAAACGCACUUCUAACUCUCUUAGUAUGUUUUCUUAGUUCUUGGAAAGGACAAUCUGUAUCUCUUUUAUUUUCUCCUACUCUUUCGUAAUAUUAAUUUGCGCUUUUGCUUUGGUCGUGUUUUUUAUUACCUCGAGCCUAUGUCAAAACGAAUUGUGAGAUUACAAUUUUUUUGCACAAUCGUAUCGUGUAAUAAAAUAUUAGUCGCUCGAUACACGAAUGUACGUUUAUCUAUUUGUUUAUUUUUUUUAUUUAUAUAUUUGUUUUUUCUUUUUAUUUAUAGAAUUAUACUUUUUUCAUACGCCUACGAGUUACAUAAUGUUGCUUCACUUUUUUUUAUUUGCUGCGUCUUUUUUCUCGUCAUUGUGAAUUUUCUUUCUUCUCGUGUACUAGAAAAGCUACAAAAAGAGAAAGAAACAACUGAUCGUCCUUAUACGUAUUUUUAAUGUUCAAAUAUUAUUCUGUGCCAUUUUCUUAGAAAGUUCGCGGUUCGUGACGGAUUGAUGGAUUUUUAUACGGCCGCAAGGCCUUGGCAGCUGUAUUUAUAUUUCAUCGAUCGGUGAAAAUUAAACAUUUAUUUUCUGAUUAAAGAAUUAUCAUUAUGGCGCAUGUAUUGAGAUUAGCUUCAUUGGUUACUUGGUUUUUUAUUCUAUUUUUUCUUUAGUUUCGUUCGGGUAUACGUUUAACGUCUAGUUAUUUAAUCGAUUAAUAGAGCCUAACUAAAUUUUUUCGUUAGAUUAACUAUAAAAAAUAUAGGAUAUUACGUUCCCCUAAAUUUUCUGUUGACUGGA